GGACAGAAAGUCUAUAAAAUUCACUCUCUUUCCCUAUCGCCUUGCCAGAUCAUCUCCUUGGAAUUAUGGCUGUCCAUCUCUUCAAAGUCGUCUCUCUUCUCCUGUUCGCGGCUCCUCUCCUCUUUCCUUCGAUCUAUGCCAAGAAAAUACAGUACUGCGAUAGGAAAAGUGAUUAUGAUGUUAAGGUCUCAGGAGUUGAAAUUUCUCCUUAUCCGGUGGUGAGAAGCACGCCAACUACUUUCAGCCUCUCUGCAUCCACAGAUAAAGCUAUCACGGGAGGUAAGUUGCAGAUUGAUGUUUCAUAUUUUGGAUUCUACAUUCACAGCGAGAGCCACAACCUCUGUGAGGAGACAUCUUGCCCAAUCUCAACAGGCGAUUUUGUGAUCUCUCACACCCAAACUUUGCCAGGAAUCACGCCACCUGGCAAGUACACACUUAAGAUGAAGUUGUUGGGCGGGAACGGGAACCAAAUGACUUGCAUCACCUUCGAUUUCUCAAUUGGGUUCGGAUCACCCAUCAGCGAGAGUUAAGGUUGAGGCAUGGAUGGGGGACAGCUCUUGUCUACAUCUUAGUAAGUUUCGAAUUGUAUCACUACGUGGAUGGUUAAUUUCACUCGAAUAUUGUGAUCGUUCUAGCAGAACUCUGUAUGUAUGCUCAUUCUCCUUUGGAUUGUGAAACCACAAGCAAAUGUUAUAUCCACCUACUUAGAUGAUAUUACAUUGUUCAUAUUUAGAAGUUAUUGGGUUUGUUUGGAUGCACUAUUGUUUUGAAUUGCAAUUGGUAGUCUAAUAAAGUGGGUUAAAAAAAAGUUCAAAUCAUGAACUUCUCUAGCAUUUAUAUUUGGGGAUCAUUGCUCGAGAUUUCAAUUAGUACUUUGAUGUGGGAUGUGAAAGGAAAUGCAACUGCAAAUUGAGGGCUACUUCCUGUUAUGAAUACUAGGAAACAUCAUUGAUUUCUGUUA